AUGCCCAAAUUCAAAUGUUGCAUUGUUGUACCAUCAAAUCUCAAGUCGUUCGUAUACCAAAGAAAGACAGUCCCUUCUACAUCUUCAAUUCCCCUCACGGAUAGAAUCCCACCUCAGAACAACCUCGCACUCCUCCCCAUCAUCUCUCCAAACCCAGCCAACGACCCCACAAUCUCUGCUCCAGAGCUCCCACACCCCUCAGUACUAACACAAAUCCCCGCCGUCGUCCCAGUGCAUGCGCAAAACUCCUUGACGCAAACAAAGCCCACAUUGCAACUAGCUGUCUCAGAGCAGCGUAUAGGCUGCGGCUUCCCCGGAUCGUCCUCUACACACUUGAACUUGGCCGAGUCGAAGCAGACGCCGCUGCCCUCCGACUCUUUGGCACAUGCGCAGGACGAAGUGCCGUUGUUGCUGUUACAGAGACGCAGAAACUCGCAGUUGGAGUCGCAGGCUGUGGAUGUGCAGACGCCGUUCGUGCAGGCUUUGCCGGCGCUGCAUUUGUUGCCGCAUAAGCCGCAGUGGUCGUUGGAGGUGCGGACAUCCUGGCAGCUGCCGUUGCAGAGGGCUACACCGUUACCUGUACAGACGGGUGUAGGUGUGGGGAGGCCUGAGCUUGGGGUCGAAGAGGUCAGGGUGACGAGUGUGGAUGAUUGA